AGGAGGGUCCUGUCUCUCGCCCCUCCGCUGCCCUGUGCGCACACCGUCCCUCCCCGGUGUGGGCAGAGAGGGCCGCGCCCUACACAAACAUGGCGGCGUGAGCACGACGGUGGCCGGCAGGGGCCGCUCCGCCGUGUGACAGCCCCGGGAACGACAGGGCCGGGCGGCGUGCCCUGCUCAAAGAUGGCCGCCGGCGGCUUCGGCGUGCGCGGAGGUGGGAGGUGAGGGGCGGCCGGGCCGGGCUGCGGGAAGAUGGCAGAGAGCGAGCGGCGGGCAGGCACCUCUGAGGAGGUGGCUCCUCCUGUCCAGCAAUGCUUCAUGGUCCCCAAAAAGGAGAUAAAUGUGGUUUCUGACAUGGCCAAGUGGAAACGAUCUCAGGCAUAUGCAGACUACAUGGGCUUCAUCCUCACUCUGAAUGAAGGUGUCAGGGGCAAGAAGCUGACCUGUGAAUACAAAAUUUCAGAGCCCAUUGAAAAGCUGGUGGCUCUGCUGAACACCCUCGACAGAUGGAUCGAUGAAACCCCGCCAGUGGAUCAACCUUCUCGCUUUGGGAACAAAGCCUUCAGGACCUGGUACGCCAAACUAGACCAGGAGGCAGAAAAGUUGGUGUCAGCAGUGAUUCCCAAGCAUUUGGCUGAUGCUGCCCCAGAAGUGGCUGUGUACCUGAAGGAAUCCGUGGGGAACUCCACCCGCAUUGACUAUGGCACAGGGCACGAAGCUGCAUUUGCAGCCUUUCUCUGCUGCCUCUGCAAAAUUGGUGUGCUCAGAGUGGAUGACCAGAUGGCCAUUGUCUUCAAAGUGUUUAACAGGUACCUGGAAGUGAUGCGAAAACUGCAGAAAACCUACAGGAUGGAACCUGCUGGCAGCCAGGGCGUGUGGGGCUUGGAUGACUUCCAAUUCCUGCCUUUCAUAUGGGGCAGUUCCCAGCUGAUAGACCAUCCAAGCCUGGAGCCUCGGCACUUUGUUGAUGAGAAGGUGGUAAAUGAAAACCAUAAGGACUUCAUGUUCCUGGAGUGCAUCCUCUUCAUUACAGAGAUGAAGACAGGCCCCUUUGCUGAGCACUCCAACCAGCUCUGGAACAUCAGCGCCGUGCCCUCCUGGUCCAAGGUCAACCAGGGCCUCAUCCGCAUGUACAAGGCAGAGUGCCUGGAGAAGUUUCCUGUGAUCCAGCACUUUAAGUUUGGCAGCCUGCUCCCCAUCCAGCCUGUGACAUCUUAAGGAGACUGCAGGAGGAGCCGAGGCAGCGGAGGCACAGCACGGCGCUCUUCCUCCUCCCCUCACCCCUCCUCACCACCCAGCCCAUCCAUUCCUGCACAUCCUCAUCGGCAACCACAGAUCCAAAGCACAGGGAUGGGACCUGGAGCAGCUCCUCCUGCACGUCCUCACCCUGGGGACAUCUCGCCAGCGGCCGAGCCGGGGCCGCGCUGCUCCGCUGUGCCUCGUCCCUGCUAGGAAUGGGGAUGGGUUUGAGCAGAAAAGGCCUUCUGCUUGGCUUCCCAAGAGAAAGGGGUGUGGAGGGGAGGAAGGCACGUGUGUAUGUGUUGGGCAGUGCUAACUGCAAUUUCCCUUUUGAAUUUCAUUGGAGUUUCCUGUUGCUGUUUGCUUUGGGAAACGGCUGCGCGGGGUGAGGUGUGAGCCUGUGCGUGUCUGUAUCAGCCAGCUCUGCCUGCACUGGAGGUCUGAACUGGGAAAAGGGAGUUGUAGGGAGUGUCUGUGGGUUGUGGAAGCCCAGAGUACCGUCUCUCCCUUUUUCUGGGUAAGGAGAGCACCCUCCCUCCACCUCUUCUGCAAGAGGGUCUUCCUUUCUCACUGGCACCUCUUCUCUUGGGUGAAGCUAGGAACCUUCUGGGCUGUGGGCAUCUGAGCUGGCUUUGGAGCUGGAGACAAGGUCCCUGGAGGGACCCAGCUCUGUGGGAACAGCUAUGCAAAGACACUGCUCAGGCCCCCUCUGAACUGGCACAAGCCCUGACACAUUCACACACAUCCAUAACUGGGUCCAACCUGCCCUCUGCAAUCCCCUGCUUUGCUGCUCUGGGGCUGGGCUGGCCUCAGUGGCACAAGGUGACUGUGGUUGCUCCUGCUUGGUCAUAAAUUGUAGUGACACCCCCAUGGCAAAGGGAUUUCCCCACGAAGCAGCAGGAUCCCCAGCUCUUUGAGGGGGACAUCCCUGGAGCACAGGCAGCAUGAGGGGACAGCAUGCAGCUUCUCAUGCAUUCAUAUACUCGUGCUGGAAACAAAAACAUAAGUAGCCCAGGACAGCAGGUUAUACCUGGAGAAAGCUCUUUCCCUUUGUCCUUCCCUGCUGGUGUUGCUGUGCUGGACCUCAGGCAGGGGAACCACACUUGCAGUGCCACCAGCAGCAGUGUAUUGAAGACAGGUGGUGUGGAUCACACCAGCAGCAUCACUGGAGGGCAGAAAGGGCUGGUGCUGUUUUUGAGAUGAGCUGUCUGUCCACAGGUCAUGACCAAGCUGGUGCACAGCUUUGCAGCUGCAGUGGGGUUGUUUCUUCUUGGGGUUCCAGGCUGGAUGUGGCAGGGACAGAGGUCUGGAUUGGUGUUUGCUGGGAAUCAGGAGCAGCAGGAAUUCUUCCUCUGGCAUUCCUGCAGACCAUGAAGAGGCUGCCCCCAGCCAGGCUGCUCAGCUUUUGCUGCUGCACUGCUUUGCUGCUGGGGUGGGAGGAGGAAACAUGGUUGUGAUUUUUUUCUUUUUUAUUAUUAUUUUUUCAUUAUUUUUAACAGACCUACUCACUCCCUCUUGUAAAGGCUUUUGCAGGCACUCAGGGGAAGGAGAGUAAAAAAAGAGUCUAAGUUAAGAGGUGGUGAAAUGUCCUCAGAGCUGAAGCAGAGCUUUCUGGCACUGUUGCUGUCCUGUCUGCUCCUGGCUUGGCCCUGGGCAGCGGGUGGGGGACAAGGAGCUUUUGACCUGCCUGAAACAACUAUAAACUUCUAUUUUAAAUGAAAAUGGAAGACUGGGGUUAAGUCUUGUUUUACUGCUAAAUGGGAUGUGUUUUGUCUUUGCUUUUCAAAUGGAUCCACUCCUGGAAUGUUGCUGGAGAUCUGUGUGCUUGCUGGGACUUGAGUCCAUCUUCAGUGGAGCAGCCUGUGCCUGGAGCAGACUCAUGGUGUCUCCACCUGUGUCCCCUCACGUUGCUGUGUCUUUUGGCAGGUGUCCCCAUACUUUAAAUAACUGUGCAGCAUCUGGCCAGCAAUGGCUGAGCAAAAGCCCCUGGUUUUCUCUAUCUGCCUGAGGGUCAGGAAAACAUCUCUUCAGGUUGUCCUGUGGAAAUGAGGCUUCCAUGCAAAAGGAUGGGUGGAAAUUUUGACAUGGAUACAUGGGAGGGACUCCAGGAAUGUGGAAUACAGCACCAAAAAAGGGUGGAGAGGUGCUUCCUUCCCCUGCAGCUGCAGCAUUGCUCCCUGGGACAGUGUCCCUGGGCUUGGGACCUGCGGAGGCGGUGGGAGGAGGCUCACGCACAGCUUUGUGUUUGUUGUUCGCCCGAGUCUGCACAUCUGUCCUGCUGGGGAUUUUGGGAUGUCAAGCAGCUAAUUCUUGUUUGAGUCUUCUCAGCCCGCUUGGGAUGUGCCCCUGUCACGUGGCAGCCACUUGCUUUGCCUCCCUCCUGCUCCCAGUGACUCCCCCACAGGCUCAGCUCCUCUGCCCCAGGGCUGCUCCGUGUCCGAAGCAGCACUUGCCACCUCCCCCUGUGUUGUAGGUUUAAUUAAAGUUUCUGUGUUUUGCA